UGCAGACCAUGCUAUAAAUAGAGAAGUCCGUUCCAUACCAUUCAUCAGGCUAAGUGUCCAAUCUCGCAGCAAACUAGUCUAGUCCCUAGCAUUUGCAGCACUGCACCGAAAUGAACUCCGUGGUAAAGAUUGGGCCGUUUGGCAGCACCUCCUUUGCGGAGGGCGACCGUGACAUCACCGUAGCGCCUCAGCGCCUUCAGAGCAUCACAAUCCGCCAUGGAAAUGUAGUGGACGCCGUUGCCUUCACCUACAAGGACUCCAAUGGGCUGGAGCACACCACAGGCCAAUGGGGCGGCAAUGGCGGGAACUCUACCACUAUUACCCUUGAGCCUUAUGAGUUCGUGAAGGAAGUUCACGGGUUGUACGGAUUUUACGGUUACGGAAGCGAUGGCAUAGCCAACUUCACCAUCGUCACCAACCUGCGUACCUACGGACCGUUUGGGCUCAGUAAGUCGAUCAAGGAGCCCAAGUCGUUCGACAUCCCCGUCACGAACAAUGGUAGCAUCGUUGGCUUCUUCUCCCAUUGCAACAAGGGCUAUGUCACGGCCAUCGGUUUCUACAUCAAGCCGUUCUGAUUGUCCUGUGUUUGGCGAAAUCAUGAACCUACUGGUUUCGGCGUUCAGUGUUUGUGUGUGCGUGCAAAAAUAAAUUGGGAUUUGUGUGUGCAUCGCAGCUAUACACCCAGCCUGUAUGCUGGUGUCUAUGAUGUGUGCCUGCACAGGUUCAGUUGUUGGAGCCUAGUUUCCGUGUAUGAAUAAACCAUUUAUUUUCAUUCGAAUAAAUGUGGAGAUUACAUUGGUGUUA